GUACGCGAUAAAGGCUCAGAGCUCGUUGAGAUUUCCUCCAAUGGCCUCUCUGUCUCAAGGUCUCAGUGCCUUAUCUUCUUCGUCGAUUGAAAAUGCUAGAUUUGACCAGAUUUUGUGUCAAUGACGACGAAGGGUCGUGCAGCCGUUCAAACUGUACAGCUCGUAUAUGAAGAAGAAGGUUGAUUUCUCACACUUAUCUUCUUCCCCUUCGCCGGAGUCGGCAAUCAUAACGGUGGCAGCGGGGAUCGGGUAUGCCUUGCUGGCAUUAGGACCUUCCCUCGCUCUCUUCGUCACUGUCAUCUCCAAAAAGCCAUUUCUGAUCCUCACCGUCCUCUCAAGUACUCUGCUAUGGCUGGUAAGCCUAAUCGUGCUGUCUGGAUUCUGGCGCCCAUUUCUCCCUCUCAACUCCGCCGCUUCCUGGCCGUUCGCCGUGCUUAUUAUCACCUCCGUCGCGUUUCAAGAAGGCCUCCGGCUGCUUUUCUGGAAAGUUUACAAGCGAUUGGAAGAUAUGUUGGAUGCGUUUGCAGACAGGGUAUUGAAGCCACGGUUGUACCCUACUGAUAAGAUGCUAAUUGCUCUGGCUGGCGGUUUAGGUCAUGGUGCAGCUCAUGCUGUCUUCUUCUGUCUGAGUGUUUUAACUCCAGCAUUUGGUCCAGCGACAUUCUUCACUGAUCAAUGUCCGAAGCUACCAUUUUUCCUUGUUUCGUCAAUUAUUGCUCUCGCGUUUGCUACAAUUCACACGUUCUCGAUGGUGAUUGCCUUUAAUGGCUAUUCAGAUGGGAAUAAGGUGGACCAGCUUUUUGUCCCUGUGGUUCAUCUUGUCGCGGGAAUGGUGAAUUACUUUUGCUUAUCGUCAUGACUCUCAAUCAUGAAGAUCUGAGCUAAAACCGCGAUCUUCUAAGUCUGAAUCGAGGUUAUAUCAGUCAAGAAGUGCAUGUCCAAGAUUUGCAGUUGAUGUUCUAGAAGCCAAAGUAAGAGACUCUACAAAUAACAUCUGUAACUCAAACAGAUGUUCUAGAUACUCAAUAUAAUUCAGUUUCUGUUCCCACUGAAGGCGAGCUAAUCUGCCAAAGGAAGGCUGAUAGCAAAAGGCUGUCCAUUAGAGCAAAUUCCAGAAACAAUCCACAGAGCUUGGACUUGAAGAAGGUUAAUGGGAAGAAGGUGAAUGGGAGCCCCAGAGUGGAGGGAGGAGCUCCGUCUGAUAAUUACAAAGUGGAUCACAGUCCCCUAAUUGCUUGAUGGGAAGAUUCGUGGAGGACAGGCUGGUUUACAGGCAGAGUUUCAUUAUCAGUUACUAUGAAAUUGGACCUGACACAACUGCUACCAUGGAGACAUUGAUAAAUCUCCUCCAGCAACGGUGAGGGAUUCAUUUCGUGAUCGGUGAGAAGGCUACUGAUAAGGCAGUUGUGAUAAGGAAAACCAUGACGUUCGAAGGGUAAAGCCAGGAAGGAUUUACCUUCUGUUCAAUAUGCUUCCUGGAAGGUAAGAGCCGGUGUGCAGUGCAAAUCAAAUUUUCCAGAUGCAUUGUAUCAAUCUGACAGUUUAAUGUGUGUUCACCUGUGCAUGUGCUUUCAGACCAACACGUCUGGGAAAUCUUUCUAAAUUUGAAGGCACGAUCAGCAACAACUCUUAAGCAGGUAUAGAUCUGUGUACACAGAGCUUUUGAGCUUUGUCCUGAGCAUUUGUAAGGGCUAUCUGUUACUAGAAAUCCAUGAGAAGCUUAGCUUACGAACAAUGUGAAGCAACAUGCGACCCUUUGCUUUUUGUUGUAAUUAAGUGGUUCGAAUGGGCUGUGUGUGCAUGGUUGCCAGUUAAUGAAGGAAAGUUGGAGCUAAGAGGAGUUGCAAGUGGGAGUUUUCGUCGCUAAUGUACUGUUUUGUUGUAGUGUCAUAUCACAUAUGAUGUUGUAAAAAAUGUCACUAUUUGUUUCAACCACGACACGUUUGACAUGUCACAGUAAAUGUCACUAUUGGUAUCAGCUAUGACACUUUGGAAUGUUCUGAAAAAUGUCACUAUUUGUAUUUACUAUGUCACAUUGAAAUG